CGCAUAUGUCAGGCUGCGCCCGGUGCGAUAGAUCAUUCCGCACUGCUCUGCCUCUUGUCUUCGUACUUUCACUUGCUUCGACCACCUAACACUCAGAAAUGAGCACAUCGUACACCGCACCGCCGCCGGCGUAUGCGCCCAAGCUUGGCCACGUAGCGCCCGACGAGGAGGCUGCGCAGCCGCUCCUUGGGAGUCCGCGAGGAGGGGCGAUAUAUGACCAACCUUUGGCAGGGGAUGUUCCCGACGACUUCAAGUAUGGCACAACCGUGAGCGAGAGCUCAUUAGAGAUCAGGAACGCAUUUGUACGGAAAGUGUACACGAUUCUCUUUUGCCAAAUUCUUGCAACCUGUAUUGUUGGAGGCUCGAUCUCUCAGUCUGCUUCGGCGAUCUUCUGGGUACAGUCACACCCAUGGACAUUCUUCGUUCCGCUCUUUGGUACCCUCAUCAACCUUGGGCUUCUGUACUGGAAGCGCCACAGCCACCCGUUGAACCUGGUCCUAUUGUCCACUUUUACCGUGAUGGAGGCGUUCACUCUGGGAGUGACAGUGGCCUUCUAUGACAACAUCAUAGUACUACAAGCACUCUUGAUCACUCUUGGAGUAUUCCUCGGUUUGACUCUGUUUACUCUGCAGUCAAAGUAUGACUUCUCAGGCUUGGGCCCCUGGCUCUUUGGUGGCCUCAUCGCUCUCCUCAUGACGGGCCUUGUGGGUAUCUUCAUCCCUUUCAGCAGGACGAUGGAUAUCGUCUUCGCUGUCGGAGGUUGCCUGAUCUUCAGUGGCUACAUCGUGUAUGACACGUACCUGAUCAACAGCAGGCUUUCGCCUGACGAGUUCAUACUUGGCGCUAUCAGCCUGUACCUUGACUUUAUCAAUCUCUUCCUUAACAUUCUCCGUCUCCUCAACGACUUGCAAGAUCGUUAAGCUGGUCGCGAGUCAGGGUCGAGAUUCUGACCCGUGUCAUGAGAAACGAAGCUAAGGCGCACGUUUGUCUGGAAGGUCUGGAUAGUCGCAUGCCUUAUUCUGUCGUGAUGAAGUCUUAUUGUACGAGUUGGACUGCUGUAAUUUUGUUUAUCCGUGUAAUAUAGGUGUACUGAACUAUGCUUUACUCUGGUGAUUUAUUUUCGCUCAUCGAAUCGAGGAAGGGACUGAAGCUGUCCGUUCG